GGGGUGUAUGCUUGCUGGAUCCGCGUCGCGACGCUCAGUUCGUGACUGCGACGCUCAGUGGAAGCAACCCCUUCGCGUUGUGUGCAUCCAAUCACCACGUGUUCGCUCAUAGAAUACAAAUGCUGACUCUACUACUUGCAGUGAUCGCACAUAGUCAUGGUGUAGCUGGCCAUGGUCAAGGUCCAAUAUUCCAGCAUGAGCCGCCGCCCUGGCUGGAGUUGACCAACUCUAGUGGCGGAACUUUGUCCUGCUCCGCCCAAGGCACGCCACAGCCGGACAUCCGCUGGCUCGACCACACCGACAAGGAAGUCACUCACAUUCCCAGAUUACGAGAAGUGCUGCUGAACGGCAGUCUAUUCUUUCCACCCUUCGCAGCCGAGGAGUUCCGGCCAGAUGUUCACAGUGCCACUUACCGCUGUUUGGCCACCAAUCCAAUUGGAACCAUUGUCUCGCGUGCGUCAAAACUGCGUCCAGACAUGCAAGGCACGUACCCACUGCGCGCAGAGGACGCAGUCGUGCUGCAAGGCAACGUUGCCGUGUUGCGCUGCAGUGUUGCCAGUUCGGCGCACCACUUCCUCACCUGGUUGCACGACGAGCCGCUGAUAGGACGGUCGGCAGUGCACGCGGGCGGUCGUUAUGUCAUCACGUCGACGGGCGCUCUCCACGUGCGGGACACGUCGCAAGUCGAUUCCUACUCUCGGUUCUACUGCCAGACCGUCAACAAGGUCACAGGCGAACGACGGCUUAGUCCCGCCGCCAAGAUUAUUAUUACAGAGCCGAACGAUAACAUUCCACCUCGCAUAGAGAACUCGGUAUCGAGUGUUCACGCACGAAUUGGUUCGAGUACCGAGCUGAUAUGCGCUGCUCAGGGUUCACCUCCUCCCCAAUACAGGUGGUAUAAGGAGAAGGGAGACUCGCUAGAAGAGCUGUUGCCGGGUUCGAUAUCGGUGCGCCCUCUGGAUUCAGUUCUACAGCUGCCGCGAGUGAGGGCGGAGGACGGCGGUCGCUACGUGUGCGUGGCUAGCAACGUUCUCGGCGAGGACCGCAGGGAGCUUCUGCUGUCCGUCGCAUCCGCGCUUUCCGUACAUGUCCGGCCGCAGUAUCAGGCAGUGGACGGUGGUUCGUCGGCCGUGUUCAACUGCAGCGUCCAGGGGGGCAGCGGAGGUGGUAGCGGAGGCGGCGAGACCCCCAGUGUGCAGUGGCUGAAGGACGGGCGGCCGCUGCUCGAAGGCGGUCAGGUGGGCUUUGUGAGGGGUGGGGGCGGGGGUGGUUCCGAGACACUUUUAAUGAGAAGCGUGACCAAGCACAACCGUGGCAUGUACCAGUGCUUCGCACGCAGCGGCGAUGAGACUGCUCAGGCCAGUGCCGAGUUGGCGCUUGGAGCGAUUCCGCCAGAACUACAGUCGACGUUCAUCGAGCAAACCGUUCAGCCGGGUGUGACUGUGUCGCUGCGCUGCGUGGCGUCGGGCAACCCACCGCCCAGGGUGACGUGGCGUCUCGACGGCGGCGUACUGCCCGCCCAGGCCGCCUACAUGUUCGGCUCCUUCCACGACCCGUCCACGGGUGACGUCGUCAGCCAUCUUAACCUGACACACGUGCACGUGCAACAUGGCGGCCUCUACACGUGUGUGGCUCGCAACAAUCUGGCAUCCGUCGAGCAUUCGGCUGCGCUCAACGUCUAUGGCCCGCCAACAGCCCGGCAGGGAGCCGUGAACGUGACAGCGGUGUCCGGCGGCAGUGCGUGGCUGCGAUGCCCUGUUGCCGGCUUCCCGGUUUCCGGCACGACGUGGCAACGCCGCGCCGAGUCGCUUCCGGCGCACUACCGACACCGGCUGUUUGCCAACGGCACCCUCCUGGUGGCCAGGGUCGACUCAGGCCUCGAUGCGGGCGAGUACCGCUGCACCGUCAGGAACCAACAGGGACAGGCGGCCACUGGCCGGCUCUACCUCGAGAUCAUGAAACCUCCUCAAAUCCAGCCGUUCCAAUUUCCUGAUAAUCUGCAGGAAGGUCACAGGGCUCAGGUUUCCUGUACAAUCAUCUCGGGUGAUUUUCCUGUUGAUAUUUCCUGGUACAAGGAUGGUAGACCCCUCACUCAAGAGCCUGAUGUUCAACAACAGGUUCAUCAGUUUGUGAACGCUUUGUUCUUCAGUAAGCUGGGCGCCCACCACUCAGGCCACUACACCUGCAUUGCCAGAAAUGCAGCCGCUCAAACCAACUUCACUGCCAAGCUCAUUAUUAAAGUUGCUCCAACAUGGGCAAUAGAGCCUCAAGAUGUAUCGGUGUUGUAUCAGCAACCAGCUGUAAUCCGCUGCCAAGCCAAUGGAUUUCCUCCACCUCUCAUAACAUGGAUGAAGACAUCGGGAGAAGACCCAUCAGACUUUAUGCAAAUAGAGACCACUCCAGGAUUGUCAGUGUUUUCGAAUGGCACAAUUUACAUACGAUCAACUGAUUCCACUCAUGAAGGGCAAUACUCUUGCCAUGCUAAUAAUGGCAUAGGUAACGUCUUGAAGAAGACCAUUUUUCUGAGAGUUAAUGUUCCUGCGCACUUCGCGACGCGUACGGUGAACCGAAGUGGCGUGGCGGGCGAAGAGGUGACGCUGACCUGUGAGGUGGACGGUGACCUGCCUGUGCAGGUGUUGUGGAGUGCAUCCCCUCGCUUACACCUCCCACCAGCCCACUCCCGCCACACGGCGCGUGGCGUCGCCUCCGAGAUCCGCUUCAUCAAUGUGACGCGUCGUGACGCCGGCACCUACCACUGCAACGCUCACAAUCACUACGGCCAGGACAGUAUGACCAUACAUCUCGCUGUCAAAGAGCCGCCAGACGUGCCUUCGCGCGUUGAGUUGGUGGAAGUGGGAAGUCGAUGGGUGAGCGUGCGGUGGGCGGCGGGUGGAGGGGGGGACCAGGCCCCCAUCACCCAGUACCUCGUGCAGUUCCAGCCAGUGCACGCCUCUUCCCAACAGGUGUGGAGCAAUGUGAGCGUGGGCGGCGCAGUGCACUCUGCGCACCUGAGUGCCCUCUCCCCCGCCUCCGGCUAUCAGGUGCGCGUGCUCGCCGUCAACGAGGUCGGUGUCUCCGCCCCCAGUCCGCCAAUUGUCGCCAACACACUCCAGGAAGCUCCAAGUGCUGCACCAGAGGGAGUGACUGCUGAUGAUAUCAGCCCUGAGACUCUUAUGAUCAAAUGGAAGACGCCGCUGUCGCUGAGCGACGAAGAGGUGCUGGGUUACCAGGUGAGCUUCCGCGAGGUGACGCGCGGCGCGCCGCAAACGCGUACGGUGCGUGGUCGACUCAAGCAGCAGCUGCUGUUGACGGGGUUGCGUCAUUUCGCGCGCUACGAGAUCACUGUGCGCGCCUUCAACCAAGUUGGCCUCGGCGCCACCUCAGCGCCGAUCGUCGCCACCACCACUGAGGGUGUUCCAGACCAGCCUCCUUUGGAAGUGAGAUGCUCUGCACUUUCUUCACAGAGCCUUCGUAUUCGCUGGGAGCCGCCACAUCAGGAUCACACCAAUGGCAUACUGCAAGGAUAUAAGAUUAUUUACAAAUAUGUCAGCCCUCAUCCAGAGAAUGUGGCAGAGAUUGAAGUGAAAAAGACAACCAACCUUGAGACGAACCUGCAUGGCUUGUUCAAGUCAGCCAAUUACUCAAUUAGAGUUGUGGCGUUCACGGGUACUGGUGAAGGUGUCGCAUCUGCGCCUAUAUACUGCCUUACCCAAGAGGAUGUACCUGGACCUCCGGAGCAGGUCAAAGCUCUAGUCAUGACUUCAGAAAGUAUCCUCGUUACCUGGACCCGACCGCUAGAGCCGAAUGGCAAAAUAAUCAAAUACAACAUCUACAUUGUUCAGCCAGAUAAGGAGACAGUGAAGGAGAUAUCGUUCGAGGAUGACGUUCAUGCCUACGAGUGCCGCCGAUUGAAAGAAUUUCAAAGAUAUGAGUUCUGGGUGUCAGCUUCAACCAGCAUCGGUGAAGGCCAACCUAGUGUUAAGAUCACGCAAACACCUCUGUCUAGAGUUCCGGCAAGAAUUGCAUCGUUCUCGGGUCGAGUUGUGGGUACGGCCGGUAGCAAGUUAAUCCUUGGCUGCCACACGGUUGGUCUUCCAGCGCCUACUAGAGUCUGGAGGGAUCCAACUGGAGCCAUUCUCACGCACAACUCUGGCACUCACAAGGUUGCCGACACAGGAAGCCUGGUUGUGAGCCCGCUGUGGAGAGACAUGGCUGGCAACUACUCGUGUCAGGCGGAGAAUGUGUUCGGCAGAGAUCAGGUGGUCUACCAUGUGGUGGUCAUCAUCCCCCCCGCGCCCCCCACCCUAGGGGUCAGCUCCACCUCCACGCACAGCAUUGCCCUCCAGUGGAAGAUCGCUUCCAAUGGCGGCAGUCAGAUUAAUGGAUACAUUCUGAACUAUCGACCGAAAAACAAGGAAUGGCAGCAAAUUACUUUGGAUGCUGACAGAAGAACAUACAACUUGGACAAAUUAUCUUGUGGCACCCAAUAUGAAGUGUAUUUGCAAGCAAGUAACGCUGUAGGAAAAGGCAAAGCAAGUCAGAUACUUAUCACAUCAACAAAGGGUGAUGUUCCAGGAGUAGCCGAACAAGACGACCUGCUUUCCGUCAAUUCGACGUCGGCAACAAUUUUCCUGGAGAGUUUUCCUUCGGGCGCAUGUCCCAUCAAACAGGUUGGCGCCUCUUACAGGGCACAGGGCGACCAGACCUGGCACAGUCUCGGAUCGGAGCUGGGGCCGCACGACGAGGUCACCAUUCCCAACCUGAAACCGGCCACGCGUUACUACUUGCGACUGGUGGCUGCUAACGACGCCGGAAUCACCAGGCAGGAAUAUGUGUUCGCGACUAGGUCAAAAAAUGGAGAACUGAUUCCAUUGGAGUUGAUCCCUGAACAGCCUUCUUCAUCCCUGCUGGCGCAACUCAAUGUCCUCAUUCCUCUCACUUCUGCGAUAUUAUGCGCCAUAGCUCUCAGCUCUUUCGCCUGCUUAUUGUUCAGGAGAAGACAAUACUCUGGCUAUAAAGCAGCCGAAAUAUCUGGAGGGAAGAGUCUAGUCGAACUGGAGAAUCAGAGGAACAAUGAUCAGCAAGGAAGGACGUAUUCGCCGUCUCCGGCCCGAAAGCUCGACUCCUCACUCAGUGUGCAUAAAGGAAGCGACACUUCUGAUUACGAGAUCUGUCCGUAUGCAACAUUCAGUCUUCCAACGCAGCCGGUCGGUCACUCAUUGCAAUUCCAGACAUUCAGCCAGCGAGACUGCUACGAGGGGAGACCCAUGAAGGACUUCCAGCACUAUUCCAGAACAAGGUCGCGGGCUGGAACAUCCAAGAGCCCACCUGACGGUUUGAGCUUAGAAAUCGCCUGCAUUUCGAGCCAGCAAACACUGCCAGUUGGGAGGAAAGGGGGCGGAGGGGGGAAAGGUCCGACUGGUGGUGGAGGAGGAGGAGUAGUUGGAGGAGGAGGGAGUACGACAUUCAUGUCUGACUCGGACAGCAGUGGUGACAAGCCACCCCGCCACAGGAAUCCCACGCCGGGUCUCACGCAGAGGAACACAGAAUCGACAGUUUUCGAGCUGGACUCGAGCACCGAGUCAGCCGAGGCGUCACCGGAAGUGGCACGUCGUCAUGUGACUCGGAGGGGGGUUCCACCAAGAUCAUUUCAGCAGCAGUAUCAGCAGCAGCAAGAGCAGCAGCAGCCGUGCGCGGGAGAGAGAGCGCGAACGGGAGAGAGAGCGAGAGAGAGAGCGCUGCCCGACCCUCCCCCUCCCCCAUCCUCUGCCCCUCCAGCCACCGUCCGGCUUUUCGGACAGCCGGGAAUUGUCGGAGGCGGAAUGCGACCGCGACCGCGACAGGACCGCUGCACCGGACAACUCACAAGCGGUCAGCGGACUUCGGCUGCUCAGACAUGAGGAGCUCGAACAACAGCUGUCCACACUAGUCAAGAGAUAUCGCCAAGAAAGAGACAGGGAGAAACAGGACUACACUAUUCACGUUUGAGUUUGGUUACUCCUUCAAUGAAUUUGCUCAAAAAUAUCUUCCUAUGAUAUUGCUAGGUUGAAGCAGGGUACACAGCAGUCAUUGCUUACUUUUGUUUCUCAUACAAUACCAAGAAAAAUAAUAGCUUAACCGUCUUGUAAAGAUCAAGCAUAUAAAAUAGACAAACAAAAAUUGAAACUGGCCUAUUAAUUGUUUCAUGUUUAAAGUUAUCAGAGAGUUUCUCCACCGCUCCUCUAAUAUGGGCAUGAUUUUUCUUAAGCUAGUCAAAAGUCGAUAAAGGAGACAAAUAUAGGAUAGGAUUCAAUAUCCACUGUAAAAAAAAAUUAUACUGGGUGACGAAAUAGUAAUUUAUUGAAUCUAUUUGUUUUAAUGUGGAAUUAUGUCAUCUUGUAAUCUGUAAUAGAAUAAAAAAUAUACUUCAUAGUUCAAACCAAUGUACCUAGAAUACAAUGUAUUCUAGAUACCUUGGUUCAAACCAGGAUUUUUCGUGGGAAGGAAGAUAACAAUAACAAGGAGUUUGCGCUUGUUUCAAAAUGAUGACUCAUAUCAGCUCUUGAUUGCUGGACUCGUAAAUACCAGUUCAUAAAUGCUUUCAUUCAUACUGAAUCUCGUACUCUCAUUUUAAUUCAGUUCAGUAUUCAUUUACUACUCUCUGAGUUCUGUGAAUCAGUCUUGCUGCUCCAAAACUCUCACUCACGCAUGUUUGUUCACAUCGUCUCUCAGCUCGCAAAACAGACUAUAGGCCUCUAUUAUUGGUGUACAGUGUAGUGAGAUUCACUUUAAAGUUUAAACUGUUAGCAUUCCUUAUAAAUAACAUUAAUACUCUUCAUUAAACUAGUACUGACAAUUUUUAAAGUGAAUCCCACUGUAGAAGGUAAAACUUAAUAUCUGAUGUUCAACGCGUGAAUGACAAUUGAAAUAAUUCUUCUUCCAAAAGACAUAAGACGGACAUUUUUCGAACAAUAGAUCAAUACCUUAUCCUUUGACACGAUGGAUGCAAUUCUGAGCAAUAGAUCAUUUUUCUGCUAUUGAAUUGAAUUUAUUGCGAUGAAAGAUGAAAAAUACAUAAUUGUACAAUAAUAGUUCCAGAUAAAUGUUACAAUAGAUGGGAACUAAUCAAUAAUUAUGGUAACCGCAACGGUAGCUUCAAGAAGUUUAAUGAAAAGUUUCAUCGAAUUAACUUUCAAAAAAUAAUGUUUUAAAGAGAUUUCGGUUGAGAAGACAGUUCAUCCAAAACCCAAACAAUUAUAGUAGGAUUUACUUUGAGUUUUCAGCAUUCCUCAUAAAUAACAUCAUGGCUUCCCAUUCAAACCGUUUGAAGUAAAUCUCACUUCAGUGAACCAAGCUACUCUUACUGGUCUGAAUAAAAACUAGACUACUAGCUUCCUUUAUAAAAAUCAAUGUUACAAUCCAUAGAAAAACAUAAUCUUUCCUAAUCAUAUCUUUCAACUUUUCUAAUUUUCUACGGGAAUUUCUAUAAAUUCUACAAACUAUAGACUAUAUACAGAAUACAAUGAACAGUUUAUAUUAGCAUCCAGAAACUCAAGAAGUGUUGUUUUUUCUAAAUGGCUAUUAAUUUAUUGUAGACUUUAGUGUAAAUAUUGUACUCCAUGUAUGGCCAUAUUAUAUGUAUAUUUAAAAGCUCUACAUAAAUUAAAUAUGUAUUCUAUUUCUGUUGAGAUAUAUGAGACAUUGACGAUCAAAGACCAAAAAAUUACUAGAUGUUUGUAGACUGAAAGAAACUGGAGGUCGUCUUCAGAGUUGUUAUUGUAUCCUCAACAAGAUAUUGUUAUUAUUUAUUGAUGUCAAAUUUUGAAAUUCCUAGGAUAUAAAUAUAUUAGAUUAGAUGUGAAAUUAUUAAUUUGAGUAUGUUAUACACUUAUAAAACAUUUUCAUAAUUUUCUAAGAUUCAAAGAAUAAUACGUUAUUUUAUUAUCAGUAAACUGAUGAAAGCUAAAUUUAGUAAUCAGUGCCUUAUUCAUUAGUUUGAAACUGAUAAAUUUAUUCAGAAUUGAGAUUAUCCUAUGUAUGUUGAUGUACAGUUGAUGGAAUAAUAAAUAAUUUAUGAAUAGUA